CUUGGGGGCUGGUAGUUGCUGUUGCCGUUGUCCCUCGCACGUUUCGUCGUCUUCGUCGUUCUCGCCGCUUCCUUCGCUGUCCGCGGUGCCCCAGGGUCCUUCAGCCUAUCCUUGCGCUCGCGCACACACACUCGUUUUACCUCACACUCAUUAUAAGCUGCCCUCCUUUGUUCUCGGCAAUCGACGCGCCUGGGCACCUAGCAUCGACCGAGUAUUCCCCACCCGCUAUUGCAAGUUCAAUUGCCUGCUUUGCCGAUACGUUUAGGACUGUAAAAGAUGCGUCGUUCUGGUGCACCGCGUCUCCAUCGCUUGCCGCAGCGCUUGGAUUACACCUUGAUCCCGGCACCCCUUGACCUGUCCGAACCUCUGGUGGAUGAGAAGGCACCGCUACCUGCUAUUAUCGUCACUCCGUCGUCUCCUUCGCAUGAUGGGGACUUUUCAAUUGCUUUCCUCAUGCCGCCUCAAAAACCAACGCUCGCGCAGCGCCUGGCAAACUGCCUUCCCACCCUUCCUCGUCUGCCAUCCCAGAUCAAACUGCCAGUGUCGCCUUCUUCGCCUGAUAUCGAGCCAUCGGCAUACAAGUCUCGUGCGCGCGCAAUGAUUGUGCUGCUGUUACUCUUGUUCGUUAUGGCCUGCCAUCUGGUUAUGCACCAGAUUGCCUCUGGUCGUCCGCAUAUCGACUUUGGUCUGGUGGCAAAUGACGAACACAUCAGCCUCGGCGCAAAUCAGCAUACGGAUCUCUAUAGCAACCCAGAGGAUGCCCAUGCUGCUGAGGAUGCGGCUCCUCCCACUAUUGGAGGUUGGUUCGACCUGAAUGCGUUAUGGGCACCCACCACGAAUACGAAGCGGUCGGAUUUCACUGUCUUGGACUUUGAUGACGGGACGUCAUGACACCUUCUGCAAAUGUCCCGUUGGCAGGUUUCAGGAUUGUCUCGCGCUGCAACCUCAUGAAUCAACACGAUAUAUCACUGUUCGUUGGAUUAUUGAUCGUACAUCUGUUCCCUAGGGAUUGGCAUCCGUGUGUACGGAUGUAUUUGCAUGGCACUUGCUGUAUUUAUUGUCAAAUUCUGCUGACUUUAAUGGUACUUCACCUUCGUGUGACUGAAUUUAGGCUGUUAAACUCCUCGCUGGGCGAGAGUCUACUUUUAUCGGCUGAUCUUCCGAACAUCGUUUCAUUAGUGUCGUAGCCCCUGCCGCCUUACUGUUGCGACUUUAUUUCUGGGAGCUGCUCUUCGUAGUUUACCGCUAGCGAUAGAGUGAAUAAACACAAACAAUUCACAAAGGAA